AUGGCUCCAGGGAACUGUACCACAGUGACCGGUUUCAUUUUCCGGGGAAUAACAGACAGUCCAAAGCUGCAAAACCUCCUCUUUGUGUUCUUCUUUGCCGUUUACGUCUGUACCCUGGUGGGGAAUGUCGGGAUGAUCGUACUGAUUAGAGCUGACUCCCAGCUCCACACCUCCAUGUACUUUUUCCUCAGCAAUUUGUCGCUCUUAGACGUUGUCUACUCAUCUGUGAUUGCCCCCAAGGCGAUGGCCAUUUCCUUAGCGAAGAGGAACAGCAUUUCUUUCCCUGGGUGCGUGGUUCAGUUUUUCCUUUUCUCCUUCUGUGCCAACAACGAGCUUUGCCUCUUGGCCGUGAUGGCCUACGAUCGCUUCAUGGCCAUCUGCAACCCGUUGCUUUAUCAUGUCACCAUGUCCAGGAGAGUCUGCCUCCAACUAGUGGUGGGCGCGUACCUCUGCGCCUGUGUCAAUGCCGUGGUGCACACUUGUUCCGUGUUCAGUCUGUCCUUUGGCCCCUCCAACGCCCUCGAUCACUUCUUCUGCGACAUCCGCCCGCUCCAAGAAAUCUCCUGCUCUGACCUUCACAUCCAUAAGCUCGUGCAUUUUAUCUUUGCGGCCGUAGAAACAAUCGGCACAAUUCUCAUCAUCCUUGUCUCCUACCUGUACAUCAUCUUUGCCAUCCUGAGGAUGCGCUCCCCAGAAGGCAGGCACAAGGCCUUCUCCACCUGCGCCUCCCAUUUGACGGUCGUUUCCAUGUUAUACGGGACGCUGACCUUUAUUUAUUUGCUACCCUCAUCCAGCAGCUCAGUAGACUUGGAGAAACCAGUGUCCGUGUUCUAUACUCUGGUGAUCCCCAUGAUGAACCCCCUGAUCUACAGCCUGAGGAACAAAGAGGUGAAAGACGCCCUGAGGAGGACAAUACGCCAGAAAAUUAUUCCUCGUUUUAUGUAA